UGAAGUCGAGAACGAACGAGGCCGAAAUACUAGGGCUCAUCAGAUCAGCUUGGAUACACCAGGAAAACUCUGAUGUCAACAUCAACGCACUUAACCAUCAAGGCCUAACAGCUUUACUUGUAGCUGUUAAUACCGAGAAUGUUGCGAUAACUGAAAUGUUUCUAAAAAGAGCGGACAUUGAAAUUAUGGAUGCACUCCUCCAUGCUAUAGCUACAGGAAAUCUGGAAAUAGUGAUGUUGCUCCUGGACACCAUGGGAGAGACAACACCUGAUGCAGAAUACUGUGGAAGUAAGUACAGUUCCGAGUUUCCAGCAGAAGUGACCCCGCUACAUUUGGCAAUACAGAAAGGAGAUUUUGCUAUUGUUAGUCUACUUCUAGAACGUGGCCAUAGAAUUGAAAGACCUCACAUCCCUUCUUGUUUAUGUAAUGUCUGCAAGGAAAGCUUGAGGAACCCAUCCUAUGACCUCGCUGCAUGGAGAAUGAGUUGUUACCGGGCUAUUUCUAGUCCAAUUUAUGUUGCCCUGACUUCUGAUGACCCCAUCCUAGCGACAUUCCUGUUGCAUGACGAGCUGCAGCUAUGUAUUAGCAUGGAUGAACAAUACCGAGAAGAGUACGUGAUCAUGUGUGAAGAUUUACGCCAGUUUGCUGUAGAUCUCAUUUCGAUGUGUGAAUCCCAGCUUGAGGUGAAACUUGUGCUCUCUCAAGAGUUCUCCGAUACCAGAAAUAUUCACACAGUUUACCCAACUCUCUAUUUGGCCUUAGAACUCAGUCAGAAAGAGGUGAGAGAUUGUACAGCCAUGCUUGAUGGAACCCAGUCUUAUCAGCACUAA